CGUGAUCAGACCGAGAGAGCAUCAUGGCAUUUCUCUCACACACAAAUAAAAUGCAGUCAUGUUGUCAAGUACAACCAGCGACAAGUUACAGCAGGAUGACCCGGUGAAAGCAGCGCGCGGUCAAGCCCACAUCUGCAAACUGCAUCAGCCUGAUUUAGACUUCUAGAUGAUGGCAAGAUGAGACAGCAAAUGCUCACGAGAGUGAGUGUGUGUUGCUGCUGUUAUAGUUGUCAAACAAGUCUCCGUCCGACACCAGGUCCUCUGACGACAGCUUGACGCACUCAGGUUGCCAGAUUGAACACACCAACAGGAGCGAGGGUUCCUGACUAUCAAGCCUUACAUUGGAAUGGAAGUAUAAAAGACGUGUUUUGUUGAGGACUGAGCGAUGGAGCAGGGGUCAGAGGAGAACAUGGAGAGCUCAUGGACACUGCUGUCCUGGAUGGCUUCUGGCGUGAUGGUUUUUGGGGGCGCAGUGCCGUAUGUUCCGCAGUACCAGGAGAUCCAGAGGACCAGCAACGCUGAGGGAUUCUCAACAAGAGUCUGUCUGGUGCUGCUCAUCGCAAAUAUACUGCGCAUUUUCUUCUGGAUAGGCAAACAAUUUGAGCUGCCUUUGCUUCUACAGAGUGUGGUGAUGAUUCUCACCAUGUUGGCGAUGCUGCAUUUGUGCUGUUCAAUCCAGAGCAGCAACCGUGUCAGUACCAAACAGCACCACAUCACAGAUUUGGACCUUCGGUAUUUUUGGAGCUGGAGUUCUUUUGAGGAUUAUCUGAUGUUUUGCUUCGCCUUUACACUGCUGUGCGCUUUCAUAACGUUCCUCUUUUUGGAUUGGCUGCUGUUUGUGGAGGCCCUGGGCUCUCAGGCUGUAAUGUUUGAAGCCAUGUUGGGUCUUCCUCAGCUGCUGCAGAACUACAACAACCGCUCCACUCGAGGGAUGAGCGUAAAGAUGGUGCUUUUAUGGACCGCCGGUGACGUCUUUAAGACCACAUAUUUUGUGAUCAAUGAAAGCCCUGCCCAGUUCCUGGUUUGUGGUGCGGUGCAGAUUUUAAUUGACAUUGCUAUCCUGCUCCAGGUGGGCUACUAUGGCCAGGACUCCAGAAUCAAACUUGGCUAAGCAAAGUGUGAUAAUUAUGCUCAUCAACUCUUCUAAAAGGGCAUUAUACAUGAUGUAUUUGAUGUUUGUUUGUUUGUUUUGUUUUUUUAAAUACAAAGUGGGAUUCAAAGUUUGAGAGUACUUAUAUCUCAUUUAUUUCUCGAGUAUUUUAUCAUUUUUAUCACAUAUUUGCCUCAAUCUUUUGAAUCCCACUGCAUAUUUAUGUAUAUUUUUUAUCUUUAAGUUAUGUUAAAGUAUGCAAUUUAAACAAAACUUAAUUUGCCUUCAAUUCAUUAACUAGACAUCCUUAUCCCCUUUUUUAAUGUCGAUGUGGCCAGGAAGACAUUUAACCUUACUACAUCCUUCCAAACGAAUGAUCCCUCACCUUGUUAUUUCUGCAGUAUUUGUCUCUUUGCUAGCUUUUUUGAACGUCAGUAUGCUCUUAGUGCAAUUGAAGUGCUGGGAAAUGCAUGUGCCAAAUGCAUCUGCAACAAACUGAACUCAAACCGCUAGCUCAUUUAUCAACCAUUUGAGGUCCUUUUUCAUUUCAGUGCACUUAAAUCAUUGUUACUCGCAUAGUUGCACAUGAAAAUCCAUAUUUUAAGCGGCAGAUUAAUGUAAGACUUUCAAACCUGAACCUUUGAGUCAAAACAAGUUGCUGAUGAAUGUUUUUUGUUACUUAACUUUAAUUACCACACCAUAUGCGCAGAAAUACCUGAGGGUAUACUAUAAAUAUGGAAUAUACAACUGAUAAAUCAUGUCUGAUUGUUUUGCAAACUUGAAAAACAGAUGGAUUUGUUCAGUUUCAUUAUGACAGAUCAAUACUCGCUCUUUGGCAAAGUAAUUCUGGGAGGGCAGCUAUUAGGUCAACCUCACACUCUCAGCCUCAGGGGAUGCACUGUCAACUGAUGCUAGAGGCUGUGGUCUUUAACAUUAAUUUAACCAUCUCUGCCUUUCACGCCAAUGAUAGUUUAAAUCCUGCUCAGAGCAAGGCAAGUUGAAGUGAAGGGGUUACAUUGGUGCUGUGACCUAGCUGAGAACGAGGGCCAAUUUAUAAUUCUGCAUCGAGUGCAAUGUGGGAUAUGCAUAUGUUCGAAGGCUUCACUGUACCCUGAUGCAGACUCUAAUGUGCAGCUCUUGAAAAAUGUAACUAAUUUAGAUUUUAAAGAGUCUAAAAUCCUGUGAAGGAGGUCCGUAUGCUAUGUGCCCCCUCCCCCCAGUGUAGUUUGUGUUUAAUCUUACAUACUUUUGAUUUGUGUUUAUUUAUGAUCAAAGUUGUACUUCUUUCAGUCCCGCCUCACGAACUCAAAACACUGGCAUGGAAACUUUACACAGUGGAUAAUAGAAACCUCACUUCCUCCUAGCAUAUCUAAAAUGUUAUUGCAGAGCAAGACAGGCAGAAGUUAGAGUAAUAAUGCUUUUAAUGACUUCUGAUACUUGCAGGGGGUGUGCCAUGGCGAAAUGGGAUCUCUUGACUUCAAUACUAUCUCAUGACAAUUUGUAACUUUUUUUAUUUAGUGGCUAAUUCGUAUGAAUUUGUACUAUCUCAUUCAUACAAUUUAGUACGCUUUGGGUUUAGGGGGCAGGGUUGGGUGCCUUGCCUCCUUUUUAAAAUUGUGCAUUUUUAUA